GGGGAAAAUUGCUCAAUCCCAUCUGUAGGCUAUCAGAGCCUUGUGGUCGUCCGCUUCCUCCCUCUCGAAAAAAUGGCGAGCGCCGUCCAGUUCUCCUACUCGCUGCAGGACCAGGCAGGCUUGCCGAAUUACGAGCAGCUGAAGGAGCAGCAUGAUAUGGAAACACUCGAGGCUCCCGGAGUGCCGGCUGGGGCCACCGUGAUCCGUAUACCACAGGAGCCGCCCCGCGACCAUAUCCUUUGGUCCCUCUGCACCACCUUAUACUUAAACAUUUUCUGCCUUGGGUUUUUGGCCUUGUUUUUUUCCGUUAAGGCUAGAGAUCGCAAAGUGAUUGGGGACUACAACACUGCUGCCAGCUACGGCUCUACUGCCAGAUGCCUGAACCUUGUUGCCCUCCUGCUGAACAUCCUGGCUGUUGUUCUUGUCAUCGUCAUCGUUGUAGUAGUGGUGUCUAAUAAUUACCCUCACUGAACCAUGCACCAGUGUAAUUCCCUUUUGAAAACUGUCCACCUCCUGUCAUUGAUACAAGAGCUUCUGCUCCUAUAUCUUGGUGAGUGGCCUUCUGCCUCCACCCCUAAUCCUAAUGUGUUGUUGGCUUGAAAACAGCCCUUAUUUUGAGAAACUAGUAUCGUACAGCAGUUGCAACAAUAGUUCUCUUGCCAUUGCCAAGCCGGAAGUGGUCAAGGUCCACCUCAAGAGUUAGAAUGUAUAAUUGCAUCACUUAUGUGUGAUGUCAGGUUGCUUCUUAAAUAUAACACAUGGCUUUGCUGCCUAUUUGGCACUGCUGGCUUAUUUUUCUACUGGUUAUUCUCAGACAGUUUUUUCUUCUAUGUAAUGUUACUGAUCUGGAAGGACCAUGUUAUAACCUGGGGGAAAGAAUCACUCUCUCUGUGGGUUUCUAUAUUUUUCUAUGACUUUUGUAAUAGAAAAUGCCUUUAGAGCCACUUAUGGUAUAUUAUAAAAUAAUUAUUCAUUUUUCAAAUAAAUUGUAUGGGCUUGAU